UAUGACAAUGACAGCUACAUUGUGACAAUUUUUAAUUAUUUAUUUUUUAUCCCGGAAAGAAAGCAAACAGAAUUUAUUUGAUAUACUUAUUGUAACACUUAUAUUAGACGGAGAUGCUACCAUCCACUGGUUUAUUUAAAUCGAUAGCUUGCCCUUAUUAUGAUUCUCAAAAAAGUUGCACAAGGCCGUACUGUCAUUUUAAACAUGCGAAGAAAGACGAGGAAAAUCAGGAAAUCCCAGUUUAUAUACCAACACCCAAAGUUUUGCCAAAGCUUCUAACUUUAGACAGUUCUCCAGUAAAAAAAAAAUCUAAACUUGAGUACGUACCAACUCAACCUGGAAUCAAUGAUAAAAUUCGUUAUGAGUCUAAACCUAACGAUGUUCCAGUUUAUAUUCCAUCAAAUAAAGUAACACAGAAUGGAGAUGAAGAGAAGGAGGGAUCUAAAGAUAUUGACUUAGAUGAUUGUUCGGAAGAAUUAGAUUUAAUAACAGAUAUUGUAGCAAAGUUUAGCGAGGAUGAAGAAAUUAAAGAAGAAUAUGAUAAAGAAGAAGAUAUGUUGUUAGAGGACAACAAAAGUAAUAGCGGAGGCAAAGAUGAUGUGCCAGUGAAUAAUGUGAUUUGCGAAAAUGGUGAAAAGAAUGAAAAUGCCACUUUGGAAGGAGACAAAAAUACAAUUAAACAAUCAUUAAAAACUAAAGAAAAGGAAGUUAAAAAACAAAAUUCUGUAAGCCGCUCUUCUGAUAGGGUAGAUGCGAAGAAAAGUAAAUCAAGACAUCACAAUUCUCAUAGCUCUAGUAGCAGCCAAGAGCACAAAAAACAUCGUGCAAAGCACAAAUCCUCAUCAGAUAAAGAGAGCAAAGAUAAAAACAAGCAUAAAGAAAAAGCUUCGACGCACUCUUCAUCGUCUAAGUCAAGCAAAAAAGCUUCAUCGAAAAGUCAUAGUCAUCGUCAUAUUCCUAGUAGUUCGAGCUCGUCAAAACAUAAGUCACGAUCAUCACAUAAACCAAAAAACUUGAAUUCUAGAGAAAAAUCAAAUUUAGAAUCAGAAAAAUCUUCCGAAUCAAAAGCAGAAAACCUAUUUAAGGAAUCAAGUCCAUUACAUGCUCAUUUGUCCGAAGCAAUUGCAGAUAGUGAUGAAGAUGAUGUGUUGGAGCAAUGCAAGCAAAUUUUCGAGGAAUUUAAAAACACUCAAAAAAGUAAUGAGCCGAAAAACAUCACAAAAGAGAUUGAUUCAAAACAAAAAAGGAAAUCAUUUGAUUCUGUAGAUGAAAAUCCACAAGACGACAACAAAAGGAAAAGAAUAGCGCAUGAAGGGGCAACAGCAACAGGAAAGAAUUUUGAAGUUCCUAUCAUUAAAAAGAUAAAUCAUGUGCAAAAUGCCUACCAGUCUGUAUAUAACAGGCAGGAACAGUUACGAAAAGAAAAGAAAGAAACAGAAGCCGCCGCAUUAGCUCUAGUUAAAGAAGCAGAAGAGAAAUUACGGGAAGCAGAAGAGAAUUUAAGAAAAGCCACUAUGGCACAAAAACAAACACUUACCCCGCUAAUCCCGAAAAGUUAUUUAACACCCCCCAAAAUUGCUGUCAAGCCUAUUGUGAACUAUUUAGCUUUGGAAAAAGCAAAAAAGAAAGUAGAUGAAAUGAGAAAAUUGAAAGGUCCGACACUAGCGCAAUCAGUUGCAAAAGGCGAAUCCAGAAAAGCUCACAAUCCGAAAACUACAGCUACUGUAACUGGGUCGAAAUCUAACUCAGAAGAAGUACAAAAUCAGCCAGCACCCCCAGUUUUAGAACCAAAUUCAACUAAAAUAUCUUACAACAUUCGUAUGCAGCAUUACAACCAAAUGGUGAAAUAUUGUUUAGAUAUUUAUCCAAAGUGUGAAGAUGCUUGGGAAAGAGCCCAAACUGAAGAGUUAACUGUAUUUAAAAAAUGUAGCACGCCUAUUAUUUAUCGAAGUAGCGCAGUUUUGGCAAUUAACAAACUUCGAAAAGAAUCGAUAGCUGCUGGGAACGUGUGCACUGAAAGAAACAAAACUGUAUCACAUGAAGUAAUUUUAGCAGGAAAAUUUGCAUCAAAUGUUUCUGUGAAUAAAAAAUAUAGUCCAGCAAAUCCUUUUGAUAGAGUAUCUAGCGAAAAAGUCUACGAAAUGAUAAGUGAAUUGUGUUUAAAUGAUGAACAAUUAAUGAAGAACGGUUUCCCUAGACCAGGUGCUAAACGUGGAACUGCAAUAUUCCAUAAUAUUAAGCCACAAACAAAGGCAGCCAGAGAAAAUGAACGAAUAUGUAGGCGUUGUUCAAAAACUUUUAAUAUAGCAAUGUAUGAAAAUGAAGCCAUUGAUGAAUGUUGCUACCACCCUAAAGGAAUAGGAUAUAGACGCGGUUUUACAGAUAAUUUUCAUCAAUGUUGUCAACAACCUGCCGGAUCGACCGGGUGUACGUACGCGAAUUAUCAUGUUACAGAAUACACGGAUCUAAAUAAUUUGAAGGGUUUUGUUCAAACGAUUGAUAAAGGCAAGAAUUAUACGUCAACCAAAAAGGAUAUUUUUGCUUUGGAUUGCGAAAUGUGUUAUACAACUGAAGGCAUAGAAUUAACAAGAGUUACUGUUGUUAAUUUUGAAGAAAAAGUGGUAUACGAUGCUCUGGUGAAACCGGAAAACAAAAUAAUUGAUUACAAUACAGUUUUCUCAGGUAUUACAGAGGAAAUGUUAAGAAAUGAAAAAAGAACUAUUAGAGAUGUACAAGCAAUUUUAUUAUCUAUGUUUCAUUCUAAAACUAUUUUAAUUGGUCAUAGCUUAGAAAGUGACAUGAAAGCAUUGAAAUUGAUUCAUAGUUGUAUAGUCGAUACAUCAGUAUUAUAUCCGCAUAAAAUGGGACCACCUAAAAAACGUGCUUUAAAAAACUUAUGUAUAGAAAAUUUAAAAAGAAUAAUUCAAGAAGACGAGGGUGGACAUAACAGUGCCGAAGAUGCAGAAGUUUGCAUAGCAUUAGUUAAACAUUAUUUAAAAAUAAAAAUCAAUUAAGCAAUUUAUUUGAAUACAAAACUCUUUAAGUUUCUUUUGAAAUAAUACUCUUUAGUUUAUUGCUUAAGAAUAUAAUUUAUGUAGUUAGUAAGUGGUUAACAAUAAUUGAAAUAAUUAUUAUAUAAUUUUUUUUUUAAA